AUGGCUCUCGGUACAACUGCGACGCGCGUCCUCUUCGCCAUCCUCCCACUGGUCUUGGGGAGCGUUCGCGUCGCGGCUGUUCCACGCGCAACGCGUUCAAUGAGGCGGGCCGACACGUCGUUCCUCAAUCCCGCUAGCGUGACGACUUUGUCGUCUAGCGAGGUGUCUGCCUUCGAACCUUAUGAGCAGCUUGCGCGAGCAGCAUACUGUUCAUCGAGCAGUGUCACCGACUGGUCAUGUGGCGAGGCGUGUUCUGCUGUAUCGGGGUUCGAGACGACUACGGCUGGAGGCGACGGCGACAGUAUCCAGCUUUACUACGUCGGUUACUGGCCAUCUGAGAACGCCGUCGUAGUCGCUCACCAGGGGACGGAUCCGACUCAGUUCCUCUCCGAUCUGACGGACGUCGAUAUCGCCACCGAGAACCUCAACAGCACGCUCUUCCCCGGCGUCUCCUCCAGUGUUUGGGUCCACAGCGGCUUCGCUAACGAGCAGGCGCAAACGGCGAGCAUUGUGCUUGAGGCAACACAGAGCAUCAUUGCUUCGAAGGGAGCAACGACAGUCAUUUGCGUUGGCCACUCGCUCGGAGGUGCUUUGGCGGAGCUGGACGCGGUAUUCUUCACAUUGAACCUUCCGUCCGACAUUCAGGUCGUCGGCCGUACGUUCGGGACUCCUCGCGUCGGCAACCCGGCCUGGGCGAGCUUGGUCGACUCAUCUGUUCCCGACUUUACUCGCAUGAACAACGUGGAUGACCCCAUACCCAUCGUCCCCGGCCGUGCCCUGGGCUUCCAGCACCCCGAGACGGAGUUGCACGUCGUCUCUGAUGAUACCUACGAGGUUGUGGCGUGCCCGGGAAAUGACGAUGCAACAGACUCCGACUGCACAAUAUCUUCAGUGCCGAAUAUCUUUGAUGCUGACCUCCUCAACCACCUCGGGCCUUAUCCUGGCGGCAUACACAUGGGUACCAUCUAUUGUACCUGA